AUGGCCCAAAGAGUUUCGAUCGAGUCACCCAGUGGGAUGGAGGCACAACUGGACGAAAAGCCUGGCCAUGCUGUUGCCACUGUUACGACCCCCUCCGUGAGUGACGAGAGCGAAGAUGGGCGCAGCACGCACAUCCCACUCAAAAUGAAGCUCCUCUCCGUGGUUAUGGUCAGCGCCAUCGGGUUUGGUGCCCAUUGGAGCAGCGGAGUAACUGGAGCAAUGAAGAGCACCGUAAAGAAGCAACUGCACAUUAACAACGCGCAAUUCUCGGUUCUGGAAGCAAGCGAGGACUUUAUGGUCACGGCGCUUAUGCUUGUGAGUGGGCUUGUCACUGAUCGUCUCGGUGGCGCAAGUGCGAUGCUCUGGGGCAAUGCCAUCUUCAGUGUCGGGUCCAUUUUCAUCGCCGCUGCGACCACCGUCCGAUCGUACAAGUUCAUGAUAUUCGGUACUGUCGUGAAAGCUCUAGGAGACAUUGCAACUCAGGUUGCUCAGUAUAAAAUCUUCAGUUCUUGGUUCGCACCGUCCAAUGGAUUCGCAUCAACGUUGGCGUUGGAGCUCGGCAUUGGCAAGAUCGGGUCUUUCGUUGGCAAGGCGACAGCAAAUGUUAUUGCAAAGAAAACUGGCGAUUUCAUGUGGGUGUACUGGACCGCUGUGUUCAUGAACCUUUUCACCAACGUUAUGACACUCAUCUUUUGGUUCUUCACCAGGUGGUGCCGGAAGACCUAUGCAGGAACUACUGAUCCUGCAACGGGAGAAAAACUAACGGAAAAUAACAAGAAAUUUGAACUCGGCAAGAUGUUACGUCUUCCUUGGACCUUCUGGAGUAUCAUUGCCUUCACGACGUUUCAGACGAGCGCUGCUAUCGUCUACUCGCAGAAUGCCACCGAGAUGGCCGAACAGCGAUUUGAUAUUGAUGCUGUUACCGCAGGUUGGUAUGCUGCUAUGUCGCAAUACCUUGGCUUCUUUCUAGUACCACUUCUCGGAAUUUUUAUCGACCUUCUUGGCAACCGCAUCAGUGUGAUGGUAGUCUGCGCCGCCGGCAUGCUUCUAUCCAUGUGUUUAGCUGCGUGGGGUCCUACCAUAGGAGGUACUGCAGCUUCGUUCGGUGUAUUUGCGUUUGCAUCUUCUCUUGGGCCCACGGUAAUCAUCGAUAGCAUACGCACCAGCAUGUGGUAUCAGGAAGUCUUUGGCACUGGCUAUGCCAUUAAAAUCACAAUCAACAACUGCAUGAAUAUCAUUAUUCGCAUCAUUACUGGCGUCAUCCAGGAUAGGGACAAGAACUCGUACGACAAUGUUGUUAUAGUCUAUGUUGUCCAAACAGCCGGCGCUGUGGUGGUGGCUGGAAGUUUGUUCGCGCUCAGUUUCUGGAGUACGGACUUACGUAUCUUGCAAUUCACGAAGAAACAGAGAAUGGCAAACGGAGAACUCAUCAACGACCGGCGAGAGAAAUUCGAGACAGGGAAGGCCGGAGAACGAAAUCGAAAAUUGAGCCUAGGUCUGUUCAUUGCAAUGAUAUUCAUGAUUCUUGGGGCUUGGUGUGCGUAUUUCUGGGGUGUCGCAACCGGGAAUAAUUCAUAA